GGAAUACCCACUAUCGCUGCCCGCACGCCCCAAACACAGUCACAGUCGCAACCGGUCGCAACGCCUGUGUGUAUGGCGAUGGCGGCCCUGGGAAAAGGGCCAGCUCUGAACACAAGAUCACAGCUAUUUCCUUCUACUCGCUAAGACUAGUGCUCUCGCGCGAACGGGGAUCAUGGUUCUUCCGACUGCUGGAGCUGGCGCAGCAGUGGCGAGGAGGGGAGCGGUAGCCUCGGCCGACCUGUGCCUGUCCACUGUCGUGGCGUUGGCGGCAGUCACCGCCGUUGUUGUGGUGGGGAGUCUCGUCGCGUUCGUCCGCAAGAGUGGCGGCCUCGGUGGCGGCAAAAGAGAAUCUGCAUCUGUCGAUGGCUCCACCAAACACACUCAUUACCCUGCCGUGGACCCUGUGUUAACUAGCGACGACUCUGACGAAGAAAGGAGCAGCUCAACUCGAAGGAGCAGCGAGCGCUUCUGUGACUCUGAGGUUGAGGUAGACCAAGUCUCUUGGGUAGACUCUGCCGGGAGCCAGGCGAGGCGAGCGUGGCAGCGUUACCUGCGCGACGGCCGCACGGACCCCGCGCUCGCUCGCCGCCUCCUAGACGGCGCGUACGACGCGCUGCCGCCCCUCCCCGCCGGCGCGACGGCCAGCCGACGCCAGCGGUCCAGGCACCGGGCGGCGGUGAGGUUCUUCGGCCUCCGCUCCCAGCGAGUGCGCCGUCACAUGGCGAGGGUCGCGCGGCACCAGUUCAGGACGCCACGCAGCGGACCCCAUCGACCUGAGGGGGACGAGCGCGCGAGUGGUCAUCGCCGCCGCAAGGCUCUUCCAGGAGACGCUGGUCGUGCUCGCCGGGUCCUACAACGCGUCCGAGAGCUUCCGGGGCGGGAGGCCGCUGCGCCGCACCUUCAGAGGCAUUCCCCCCGGCCGCAGGCGAGGCUUCGGUCCCGUGGAGACUUACAUGGUCGGGGACUCGUCGGGCACGGUGGUCCACUGCGAGCACCGCACCGAGACGUCUGCUGCAGCCGGCGGCGCCGCGUCCCGCCCGCUGUUCGACGGCUACGGCGUGGACCGAAUGGGGAACAGCUUCGUGAGGAACUUGGGGACCUACAGACGCAUCGUCCGUGACCUGGAGGAGAUGAUGGAGGCUUUCAGGAGAGGGGGCACAAGAAAGACGCAGGCGCAUGAACGUCUGGCGCAUCUGUUCAUUCAAUACGCGCACACGCACUGCUUCGACGAGACGCCGGAGCUGACGCGCGCUCAAAGAGAUAACCUGUUCCGGAUAUGUUUCCUCAUCUUGGAAAAGGAGCAGUCACAGUGGCAGUCUGCUUGUUUCUUCUGGGGGAACUGGAAACUCGGAAUGACUGUUUCGUUCGCGCGUCUGAUCCUCUUGUUCAAGUGGGGUCGCAUAACGCUUCGAGAUAUUUUCUGUACAUUUGCUGUUUACUCGAAUGUAAUUAUGAGAAACUGCUUUGAAAAGGUUCAGGCAACGUGCGAAGAGAUUGACAAACUGUACGAGGAGUUUCAACGUGAAAGCGACGCGUAACGCGGAUCUGGCAGCUGUGUAUGGGGACGAGGACUCAUGUCUGACCUCCGAUUAUGACUCAGAUGUGGACAAGACAGAUCUAGAGUACACCACGUUGAGUACCGAUGUGGACAAGACAGAUCUGGAGUACCCCACGUCGAGUACCGAUGAAGACUCGUUUCUGACCUCGGACUGCGACUCGAAUAUGGACGAUGUGGACCUGGAGUGCUCCACGUCGAGUGCAAAUGAGAACUCGUGGCUGACCUCAGAUAAUGACUCAUCUUCUUGAGAACUAGUAUAGGUGAAAUCAAGAUAAAGAGAGUAGUGUCUGAACUUU